AUGGCUCGCACUAAGCAGACCGCCCGCAAGUCCACUGGUGGCAAGGCCCCUCGCAAGCAGCUCGCUUCCAAGGCUGCCCGCAAGUCCGCCCCAUCUACCGGAGGUGUCAAGAAGCCUCACCGCUACAAGCCCGGUACCGUCGCUCUCCGUGAGAUUCGACGAUACCAGAAGUCGACUGAGCUCCUCAUCCGAAAGCUCCCCUUCCAGCGUCUGGUCCGUGAGAUUGCCCAGGACUUCAAGUCUGAUCUCCGAUUCCAGUCCUCCGCCAUUGGUGCUCUUCAGGAGUCCGUCGAGUCUUACCUCGUCUCCCUCUUCGAGGACACCAACCUCUGCGCCAUCCACGCCAAGCGUGUCACCAUCCAGUCCAAGGACAUCCAGCUUGCCCGCCGCCUCCGAGGCGAGCGCAACUAA